AUGUGUGAGAAAUUAAUUCCGCCAAAGAGAUCGGAAGGUGCUGAAGCUACAAGGAAGACAUACCUGGAACAUCACCAUCUUGAUUUCUUCCAGAAGGUUAUCAACAAGCAACUCGAGGAGCUCGAGAGGCGUUUUACCAAGGAAAGCUCAGAGUUAGUUCUCCUCGCAACAUAUCUGAAUCCACGCAAUUCUUUCCAAGGUUUUGACAAGGACAAGCUUGUCAAGUUUGCUCGUUUUUAUCCAUCCGAGUUUUCUGAUUCCGACACAGCCACACUCGAGCUGCAACUUCAAGCCUUCAUAACUGAUGUGCGCUCGGACAACAGAUUUCUUGGAAUGGACACGCUGAAUAGUCUUUAUGUGAAGAUGGUGGAGACAGGCAAGAACACUGCAUAUCCACUGGUUUACUUGCUUCUGAAACUCGCGCUCAUCCUUCCUGGGACGCCUGCCACUGUGAAGUCUGCCUCUAUAGCAAUGAAGUUCAUAGAGAAUACAGUGAGGAAAGAACCAUGCAACCAGUGGAUCAGUGACUGCCUGCUGCUGUUCCUGGAGCCUGACAUAUUUGAAAACAUCACCAAUGAUGCCGUGCUUGAAUCAGGCUAUUGGGUCUAG